AUGUCCGACCCGGGUAUUUACACCAUUGGUUGGAUCUGCGCCAUCACGACAGAGUUUGUCGCUGCCAGAGCAUUCUUGGAUGAACAGCAUGACGCCCCACUAUCAAUCUCGCAGCAUGAUAAUAAUAGCUAUUCCCUUGGUCGCAUGGGAAGGCAUAAUGUGGCCAUCGCAGCUCUGCCCAAGUCCGAAUAUGGCACCACAGCCGCAGCUACCGUCGCGAGAGAUAUGGUCCACAGUUUCCCGAAUCUCAAGGUUGGGCUUAUGGUUGGGAUAGGGGGUGGCGCUCCGAGCAAAACCCACGACAUUCGCCUUGGUGAUAUUGUCGUAGGGACUCGCGACAUAAACGCAGGUAAAGGAGGCGUGGUGCAGUACGACUAUGGCAAGACGAUACAAGACCGGGAAUUUUCGAUGACGGGAAGUUUGAACCAGCCUCCACUGUCAUUACUGACGGCAGUCAGCAGCCUUGAAGCCCGGCAUACGAUGGAGGGCCACGACAUCAACGGCAAGAUUGAAAGAGUACUAGAGAAGUAUCCUCGUUUGAAGAGGAGCCAUCGCCGGCCUCCCGUCACCUCCGAUAGGCUCUAUCUGCCGCACAUCACGCAUCCUCAGACAGACUUCUCAAACGAGUGCAAUGCGGUCUGUGGAGGAGACCAAUCUCAAGUGGUAAUGCGAGCUGAGAGAGGCGUUGAAGAUGACAACCCUGCCGUCCAUUAUGGCCUCAUCGCGUCCGGGAACAGCCUGAUGAAGGAUGCCAACAUAAGGGACCAACUAUCGAAACAGACAGGAGCGCUCUGUUUUGAGAUGGAGGUAGCCGGUUUGAUGAAUCAUUUUCCCUGUCUACUUAUUCGGGGGAUCUGCGACUAUUCCGAUACCCACAAGAACAAGGAAUGGCAAGGCUUUGCAGCGAUGACGGCAGCGGCUUACACAAGGGAUCUUUUGGAGGAAGUCUCAGCUGCGGUUGUCAACAGGGAAGAUAACCUUGCAAUGGCCAUUAAAUCUCUGGAAGCUUCGCAAAGCUGGCAAAGGAAAUCUAUCCAGGAAACAAAUCGUACUGCCAGUGAUAUCAGGACUUCUCAGCGGCACGCCGAUCUUCGGAGGUGGUUGUCCCCCCCAAAUUCCUCCACAAACGCAGAUAGCGCCAGGAUUGUCCGACAAGAAGGCACUGGCUCAUGGAUCUUUGACGAGCCUUCUUUUCAGCUAUGGCGGAGCGGUUUUCGCCAACAUCUUUGGCUAUAUGGACUAUCUGGAUCCGGUAAAACCGUCCUCAGCACCACGAUAUUCGAUCGCCUCAAGAAGGAAGAUGUCUGA